AAUUUAGUUUGUUAUCUGACAGAUAAAAGUCAACAUGUAUCCUCGUAUAGAUGUAUUAAUUUUAAUACAUUAAACAAACGGACUCGUGUAAUAGUCAAAUAUUUGUGUAUCAAAUUCUUUUGUUUAAGACGCCGAUUUUUUGUUAUCAGAGUUAAGGAGUCAUUGACUGAAAAUUUGUGAAUCAUUUUAUGAUCAAUAAAGGAAAAGUGAUUUUUUGCCUCAUAUAUUGAAUAAUUACGAUUAUAGAGAAGUGAAUAUUUUGAAGUUAUGUAGAAUAAUCUGAGAAAUCAAGUUUGAUCAGAUAGGUUUUGUUUGACUUCAUAUUUAAAUGACUUUAGAUUUACAACGUGAGAGAAAUAAACACGAUUUUAGAUUUACAUCCACAGUGAAAGAUACGCGAUUUUAGAUUUACAGCUUGAGGGAAAUAUACACGAUUUUAGAUUUACAUCCACAGUGAAAGAUACGCGAUUUUAGAUUUACAGCUUGAGGGAAAUAUACACGAUUUUAGAUUUACAGUCAGAGUGAAAUAUACACGAUUUUAGAUUAACGUCCACAGUGAAAGAUACGCGAUUUUAGAUUUACAGCUUGAGGGAAAUAUACACGAUUUUAGAUUAACGUCCACAGUGAAAGAUACGCGAUUUUAGAUUUACAGUCAGAGUGAAAUAUACACGAUUUUAGAUUUACAUCCACAGUGAAAGAUACGCGAUUUUAGAUUUACAGCUUGAGGGAAAUAUACACGAUUUUAGAUUUACAUCCACAGUGAAAGAUACGCGAUUUUAGAUUUACAGCUUGAGGGAAAUAUACACGAUUUUAGAUUUACAUCCACAGUGAAAGAUACGCGAUUUUAGAUAUACAGCUUGAGGGAAAUAUACACGAUUUUAGAUUUACAGUCAGAGUGAAUACACACGAUUUUAGAUUUACAGCCAGUUGGAAAGAUAUACGAUUUUAAAUACAUAGGUUUAUAACCAAAGGGAAAUAUACACGAUUUUAGAUUUAUAUGUAUUUAACUAGAGGGAAAGUAUACGCUUUUUUUAAGAAUCUCGGUGAAAAAAAUGGCAACUAAACUACAUGACUGGAAGGACAUUUUGAUCAUCGGUUUAUAUUUUGCGUUCGUGUUGGCUGUUGGAAUAGCGUCGUCAUGCAGAAAAGGCAGGAAUUCCGUGAAAGGGUACUUUCUGGCGGGCAGAAAUAUGCACUGGCUUCCGAUCGGUUUCUCAUUGUUCGCCAGUAAUAUUGGUAGCGAACAUUUCAUCGGAUUGGCAGGAAGUGGAGCUAAAUCAGGCAUUGCAGUUGUUGCAUUCGAAUGGGGCGCUGUGCUUUUACUACUGUUGCUGGGCUGGUUGUUUCUCCCUAUCUACUUGACCUCAGGGGUAUACACCAUGCCGGAGUAUCUUGAACGAAGGUUUGGGGGCAGAAGGAUCCGCCUGUAUAUGAGUAUUAUCUCCACAUUGCUGUACAUCCUCACCAAAAUAUCAGUCGAUGUUUUUGCAGGGUCUGUAUUUAUACAACAAGCUCUAGGCUGGAACACAUACAUUUCAAUCUCUGUACUGCUUGCCGUUACAGCUGCUUACACAAUCAUUGGCGGUUUAUCGGCUGUCAUCUUCACAGAUACAUUACAGACAGUAAUUAUGCUUACAGGAUCUGUAAUACUGGCUGUAAUGGCAUAUAUAAAGGUUGGAGGCCUCUGGGCCCUAGAAUACAAGUAUCCGGAAGCUAUACCCACGACCUAUGAUCCGUCGACGAAUUCCACAUGCGGACUUCCACGUGAUGAUGCAUUCCAUAUUCUUCGUGAUCCGAUUCAUUCCGAUUUACCCUGGCCUGGUGUGGUGAUACGUUCAACCUUUGUUUCUCUCUGGUACUGGUGCACUGACCAGGUAAUUGUGCAGCGUACGCUAGCUGCAAAGAACAUUGCGCAUGCGCGAGGUGGAACUAUUGUUGCUGGGUACUUGAAAAUUUUACCCCUUUUCCUUAUUAUCAUACCAGGGAUGAUCAGUCGCGUUCUUUAUACAGAUGAAGUCGCUUGUAUAGACCCAGAGGUGUGUAAAUCAGUAUGUGACAAUGAAAGUGGAUGUUCAAAUAUUGCCUAUCCGAAACUGGUUCUUGAACUUGCACCUGUUGGUUUGAAGGGUCUAAUGAUGGCCGUGAUGAUGUCUGCUUUGAUGAGUUCCCUAACUUCUAUCUUCAACAGUGCUGCUACACUGUUCACCAUGGAUAUAUGGAAAAAGCUACGGAAAGAUGCCUCCGAUAGAGAACUUGUCAUUUCUGGAAGAAUAUUUGUUGCUGUUUUGGUUGGAGUCAGUGUUGCCUGGAUACCGUUGAUAAAGUCCGCUCAAGGAGGACAACUCUUCAUCUACAUACAGGCGGUGACAGGAUAUAUUGCUCCACCAGUGUGUUCCGUGUUUCUUUUAGCUGUUCUUAUACCGAGAGUAAAUGAAGAGGGAGCGUUUUGGGGAAUACUGAUUGGUCAGUUGGCAGGUAUAGUUCGACUGGUCCUCGACUUCAUCUACCCAGCCCCAGGUUGUGGAGAAGUAGACAAACGUCCGGUUAUUGUUUCUGCUGUAAACUUCACCUACUUUUCCGCUAUGAUGUUAUUACUGUCUGCAUUCAUCACCAUUGUUCUAAGCUUCUGUACUUUAAAACCAGAUUAUGAUGAGAUUCAGGGUUUGACAGUCUGGAGUGUCCAUAGAUUCGGUGUGGAGAGAAAUCGUAUGACAAAGAAAACAAGAACGAUAUUGCGAAGUGACCUUGAAAAUAGCGUGGUCGCCAAUGGCAGCAAUGUGUACAGAAUAAGUGACGACUUUGAUACUCAUAGAAUGUCGGCGACUUCAAAGAAAAUUCACCGAACUCAAAUCGAGGAGCAGAUUUCACACGAAGAAGAAAUGACGAAGAGAUAUCAAGAAACUAUGAAAAUAUCGAGUGGAGUUUCUCUGUUUUUAAACUUCAAUGCAAUAUUACUUAUGUGUGUUUUCAUAUUAUGCUAUGCAAUAUUUGCAUAAUCACGUGACUUAAGUACAAGAGUUUUAAACACAGACACUAAGUCAGGGAAAGACUUUGACAUGAUACCGAAACGAUCCCUCAUCUUGUUUCAAAUAAGAAUACAUGUUCGAAACAAACAAUGACGUCCUAAACAUGAUCAAUAUUAGUUAUGAAAAGUAGCCUGUAUUAUGAAAAAAAGUAUCAAAAAGUAAGACGGGGUUGGUUGUUUGUAAUCCGCUGAUAGCUGGCUCCAUUUACGAAAGAACAGAUUACUAAUUUAAAAGUGAAUACCAACAACCGCGCAUUAAUACUUCAAAAUUUACUUAUUUCCAAAAGGGUUAUAUUUGGUUUUUUUUUUUAUAUUUUCUUGGUACUGACUCAAGUAUGCUGGAUGUCUAGUACAUGAAUAAAAAACCAUUGGGUAUCACAGCACGUGGUCUGGGUUUAGAAAAAAAGAAAAAAUAUUUCUAAUUGUCCUUUUACCGACUGUUACGUUGACCAGUGAAUGCGUUUUAGAUUAUUUUCUACUUUAGCAAAUAUGUAUUAUAUAUAAAUUCACUGUUUGGGAUAUAUCAUUUCUUAAAUAAAAUACAUAUUGAUGUAA